GGUGUGUAAGCUUCUAGGUCUAAAAAUCAUAGCAGUUUCUCACUCCAAAUCAACUAGGAUGGAUAACUGUGACCUAGAGAAGCUCUCGUGCUCUGGUGGGAAACUGGAACCCCCAUUCAAACCAGAUAUAACUUGUUAUAAAGUCACUGUUGAGAGCAAAGUAAGUAAGGUGACUCUGGAUCUCUUGACAAGUGACUGCGGAGCUUCCUAUAAAAUACUGUUUGGGGAUGGCUCAAACACUAUCAAAUUGAACGAUGGAUUGAAUGCAGUAGCAAUUGAAGUUGUUUCUGAAGAUGGCACAGCGAAGAAAUAUUGCAUCGAGAUGACCAAGUUAUCAGCCAGCUCAGCUAAAUUAUGCGAUUUAGCAAUAGAGGGGGGUUUUAAACUACAACCAGAAUUUUCUGCAAGCGAUUACGAAUAUGCAAGCUCUGUCCCUGCCGAUUUAACCAUGGUUGUCAUACAGCCAAAGCUACCAGAUAAGAAUAUGCAAGUUUCAGUGAAUGGGGAGGACAGCUCGAAAGCCGUUCUGUUAAAUGCUGGUGAUACUGUGGUUGCAAUUAAAGUUUCAUCGGCAGAUGGCACCAAUUCUCAAGUGUAUUUGAUUGCCAUCAGUAGAGAGCAGAUCCCAGUGGCUGUCACUUUCUGUAAUGUGAAGGAUGAGAUUAAGUAUGAGUGUCCAGUUUCCUUGACCGCCUUUUACAGACCUGCCUCAAUAAAUCAAAGUGACUCAAAACACAUCUUCUCAGCUCCCUACAUUGACAUGUUGACUCGGAGGUCAAAGGUCGACCCCCUCAGUGAGUCCCCUUUGGGUGAGGGCUGGAAAGUGCCAGAGUUGGAUCUUGACAAGAAGAUGUCUGCUGCACCUGUCAAAUGUUUCUUCGCUCAUUGUGGAUGUGAAAGCACAAUCAAACUGGCCGAGGUGGUGUCUCAUGCAAAGGACUGUCCACAUAAGCCCCCAGUAGACCUGGACACAAAGGAAGUCACCGAAACCCUUUGGUAUAAAACUCAUUUUGAAUCUACAGAUAAUCUUGAAAUUGAGACAAAACACACUUCAGAGAUACGAAACUGGGAGAAAAGACUGCAAAAAGCUGUCGGCAAGGACAAUGUGGAGGACCUCGGCACCCAUGCUGAGGAACAGCUAAAUCUUUACAGACAGCGUCUUCCAAAACCAGGUGACAUAAUGCAAUAUGCUGAGGGACAGUCACCCUUGGACUUUCUUGAGCAGGCUGCUGUCCACUACUCGUCUGCUAUCAAACUCAAGCCUCGUGAUUCCAAACUGCAUUAUUUGCUUGGAAGAACUUUGGAAGAGCAUCAUUAUGCCGAGGAAAUGUAUGGCCUUAAAAAGAAGGACACCGGUGACGCCCAGGAGCUUGACAGUGCCAAGACUGCAGGGAGGCUGGAUGAGAUCUUGGCUGUGUGCAAACUCCAUGGCUUCAUGGGAACGCCCACGCUCGAGAACCAGCUGAAAGCCUUGGACACGGAGUUCCACCAGCUCAAGGAGCAGGGCCAGGCCACCAAGGCUGAUUAUAUUCAGACACUCUACCUCUGGAUCUCUAAGAAGGCCAAAAAGGACGGCCAGUCCAGCCUCGCAGACGAGGAGAGCUGGCUGCACAGGGCCCUCCUCAAGUACCUGGACGCCUGGUCCUUGAGCCAGGACAGCUGGGAGCACAACCUGCACGCCGGCCGCCUGCUCCUGCUUCAGGGGAAGAGCCGUGAGGCCCUGCAGCAUCUCCAAACGGCCUUGGCGCUCCGGCCAUCUCAGCCAGCCCUCAGGUUCUAUACAGGUAUGGCUCUGCUCCAGCAGGAAGGAAACUCAGAGACACAGGAAAAGGAAGCUGCUAUGUACCUUCAGCAGGGGUUGGAAUAUGUCAUGGCCCGUGCCUUGGCGCCAUCAGAACAUGACAGAGGAGAGAAGCUGGACCACUCUGACCCUCUGUCCAUUGUCAACGUCCAGUUCCUCCGUGGAUGCUACAGCCUGGGUGACCUGUUAAGCAAAAAUGCCCCCUCAGGGAAGUCAAUGACAGCAGAGCAAGUCUACCACAUAGUGGUCUCUCUGGCAGCGCAGGGCGUGGCCCGCUGCGUGUGUCGUGGAGAGGUGUCCCAGCAGCUGGAGUGGGUCCUGCUGGACGGCCACUUCGCCCUGUUCCAGAACCUCAUCCAGCAGCCUGGGGCUGCGAAACAGGCCUGGAUCGCACAGCGCUGCCAGGCCCUCAGCGCCCUCAUCCGCCUCACCUCCAUCAACCCCUGCAGAGAGCUGCUAGACAUGCAGGAGAAGGUCUGUCAGGUGGGAGUUGUGACCAUGCCCCACAACAGUCAUGCACUGUGUCAGCUCGGUGUGACCCAGCUGGCCCAAUACGACAGUGAGCCAGAGUCCGAACAGGGCCAAGAGGCCUUGACAGAUGCCUGUCUUAGCUUCCAGGCCAGUAUCGAGUUGGAGGGGUCCCCCCAGACUGGAGAUGCCCCUGAGAAACUAGCAAAGCAGGCAUGGUGGCAGAAGCGACUGGCUCAGAAGGCGAGAGCUGCCAAGGAGACAGCCAGCAAAUCCACAGGGGCACCGGGGCCAUCUGAAGCAGGGGCUGCUGGGAAGGCGACCGGGCGUGGGAGGGGAACCCCAGGCAGAGGGGGCGCCGCGGCGGCCGCUGCCAAGUCAGGUGCUGCAGCCCGAGGCGUCAAAGCCGCGCCCGCUGCCAAAGCGGCACCGGCGGCGGGAAGAGGCGGGCUCCUGCCAAGGCCGAUGGGGUAGCAAAGGCUCCAGGCAAACCCUCCUCUAAAACCCAGCUCUCUCCCAGCAAAUCCAAACAGGAGUGCAGCAUCCCUCAGGCUAAAC